AUGUCUGUGAAUCAAUUUCAGACGCAGAUAGUGCUUUCCAGACCAUAUUUGACCCGCGAACAGAUAAAGACAGCUCAAAAGAAUACCAUACCUGAUAGAAGAAGUUACAAUCAAAGAAGGAUUAUGGUUUUUAAAUUUCUGUGCGAUAUGUGUACGCAAUUCAAAUUCCCCCGGAGAACUUUAGAAACAGCCAUGUAUUUUUACCAAAGAUACCAUAUUUUUAAUAAAUUCGAGACAGAAAUUUGCUAUGAUGUAGCAACAAGCUGUCUGUUCUUGAGUUGCAAACAAGUUGAGACCAUGAAGAAGAUCACAGAGAUUUGUCUUGAAUCCUUGCGAUUGCGAGGCAUGUUGAAAAUUUCGCCUGAGGCAUUGGACAAUUGCAAAAAAAGAGUCAUUCAAUUGGAACUACGAAUCCUUGAGACUUGUUGUUUCGAUUAUCGAAUCAAUCAAACGAUUCAUAUAGACGAAAUUUUGUGCAAAUUUGGUAAAGAACUUCUUUUAAGUUAUGACUUGUGUCAUUUAGCAUGGUUGGUAGCUUUUGACGCACUGAAAUUGGAAGUAUUACUCAUGGUACCGCAGCAUACCAUUGCAUUAGCGGCACUUCGGAUAGCUUGUGAACUUUCACCCGACGUGACGUGGCCCAAUGUUCGGUACCAACUUUUUGAAAGUGACGAAUCUUCUUUGAACGAAGUCUAUUUUGACUUGUUAAAUUUCUACAUCAACGUUUUCGAGUUAUCCGAUCUUAAAGACAAUCUACCCCCUGGAUUUGAAACAGUGGGUGUAGAGUCGUUUAUUCAAUUGAAGAAAUCCGCAGGUCGUGAACGCGGAUUGAAAGAACCUGAUAACUUGGCGUCAGACGCUUACAUCACUAAAGAAAGAGAUUUUAGCAUUCGAGAAAGAAGGUAUGUGCUGUCUAGGAAAAGAAUUAACGAGGAAAACCUGCCGGUCAAACCACCACCGGCCAAAAAGGAGAAAACGUAG